AAAUAAAUUUCAUGGCAUCUAUUUAACAUAGCAUCUUAUUAUAUUGUAUGGAAGUGAUUGUAAUGCAAAUGAAUGGAUGAAAUAGCACAAUUCCAACUCUAUAGCUCAAAUUGUCUUCUGGCCAUGGCAUGUGAUGAAGGAAGUAAUGAGAUAUGUUUUUGUAGGGUCAAUGUCACCCAUAAACAGGCAAAAGGUUUUUGGAUAAUAUAGUUGAGAGUUUAAAUACUCUAUUACUCUUAAAUUGUACCUUCAGAUUUUCAAUCUUCUUAGUUUUUUUUUCCCUCUCUUUGCUGUACUUUGUUUUAUUUUUUUAUUUUUAAAACCCCACCAACACUCCAUGUGCAUGUUCUUCCCUACCCCUUUUGUUCUUGCUGCUUUUUUGAAAGGAAAGAAUCAAUCUUUUCUCUUUCUCUCUCUAAACACAGAGGGAGACUUGCAGUUCUAAUCAUGGAGGUUCCUCUGGCACUGCAUGUGCUUCAAUAACAUCACCCCACUUCCCAUUAUUUUACACUUCUAAAUCUCUUUCUCUAACCAAUCCUAUUAACUUCUCUACACUAUAUAUACACACGCACAAAAUUUCUUGUUCUUGAAGUGAAAAACAAGGAAGGCUUCUCUCACCAUUUCUUGAAAUUUGCAAUGAACACUAGUCCUACGCCUAGUAGCCGGUCUUGGUCUAUUAGUGAGGACUCAUUGAGAAGAUAUGUUCACUUUGCAAGUGAAAGCUGCAUACAAGAAUUGCUAUCAGCUUCUGAUUCAAAUAGGUUUGGGAAUGGAAAUGAUGGAUGGAAAGUUGUAACUCUUGAUAAUGGAGUAGAAAUAUCGAAACGCCGGUCCGGUUCUUUCCAUGCGUUUCGCAGCCGGUGGGUUCUAAGAUCAGUCUCUCCUCAACAAUUUAUUACUGUUGCUAAUGCAAUUGAUGCUGCAAGGCAAUGGGAUGGUGACCUUGUUGAAGCAAGAUAUAUUAAAGAUCUUGAAGAUAAUCUAAGCAUAAUUAGGCUUAGGUUUGGAGAGAACUCUAAACCAUUAUUCAGAAACAGAGAGUUCAUAGUUUACGAGCGGCGCGAAACUAUGGAAGAUGGAACCUUGGUUGUAGCAGUAGCUUCCCUGCCAAAAGAAAUAGCUGCAGGAUUGCAUCCUAAGCAAAACAAUGCAAUUAGAGGAUUAUUGCUGCAAUCAGGAUGGGUUGUGGAGAAACUUGAAGAUGAUUCUUGUAUGGUAACCUAUGUUGUUCAGUUAGAUCCUGCUGGAUGGCUGCCCAAGUGCUUUGUGAAUAGGCUGAAUACAAAGCUUGUAAUGAUCAUUGAGAAUCUGAGGAAACUAGCACAAGAUUGUCCAACUGAUGCUGAUACAUGAUGUUUCCCUUUUUUUUUUUUUUUUUUUUUUUUUUU